UAGGUUUCCCCCCUUUGUAUGCCAUGUGUGUGACCUACCAGCUGAGAUCUUGGAUCACACACAUAUAGAAGUGGACUGUAGUCAAAACCUGAAAAUAGCAAUUCAGUCCUUGACUAAAAGCAGCAGAUUUAUCAUCCACAGAACCCUUGCUCUCCCAAAACUUAAUAAUGACUGAUCUGACUCCAAAGCUCUGGUGAUGUAAUAGGGAAUGGGCUCUUCUGUGUCUUUGCCCCCCUGAGACACAACAAGGCAGAGUGCCUCUCCAGAAAGUUGUCAUAGGGAUUCAUGCAUAAGGUAAUUUGGCCUCUAGAGAUACCAUCAAGGGAGAGAACAGCCUCUCUGACGAUGGCAGGCUAAGGCUGACAGCAUUUUUACCUGAUUGCCAUCUCAUUAGUAUUUAGUCAGAAUGGAUGCUUUGCCGAACAUCGUUGGUCCACUGGGUGGGCAAGGUGACCUUGUUAACUCACAAGUAGAAUUGCAAAAACUGUUAAUGGAUGAAAGAAUGAGGUGUGAACAUCAUAAAACCAACUAUCAAACUCUAAAAGCAGAGCAUACAAGGUUGCAGAAUGAAUAUACAAGAUCACAAAAUGAACUCAAGCAGCUGCUUCAUGAGAAACAAACUAUUCAUGACAGAUUUCAGGUUCUGCUUGCUGAAUUUCGAGAAGAAUUAUUGGAUAAAACUAGAGAAGUAGAGGAAUUAAAAAUGCAGGUAGUAACUCCACAAAAACUGGAAUUACUGAAAGCACAAAUACAGCAUGAUUUAGAAACACCUAUGAGAGAACGCUUUCGAAAGCUGGAUGAGGAAGCAGAAAAAUAUAGAACAGAAUAUAACAAACUUCGUUACGAGCAUACCUUUCUCAAAUCAGAAUUUGAACAUCAGAAAGAAGAGCAUGCCCGCAUUUUAGAAGAAAAUAAAUUAAAAUAUGAAUCUGAGGUAGCAAGACUGGAUAAAGAUAAAGAAGAAUUGCACAACCAGCUUCUUAGUGUUGAUCUUUCAAGAGACAACAAACGAGUGGAAGCACUGCUAAGAGAAAAGGCCCAGCUGGUCCAGAAAUUAAAGGGGCUAGAAGCUGAAACAACAGAACUUAGAGCCCAGAGAGAGAACUCUGGUAUGCAAGCAGAAAAUGUGCAGAGAAUACAAGUGCGUCAGUUAGCUGAGAUGCAGACUGCAGUGAGAUCUCUGGAGGCAGAGAAACAAUCGGUUAAGCUGCAGCUUGAGCGUGUUGAAAAAGAACUGCAGCUGAGUAAUGAGCAAAAUACACUAUUAACCAGCAAACUUCAUAAAGCUGAACGGGAGAUCAGUGCUUUGGCUACUAAAGUUGAAGAACUUAAGCAUUCAAACAAGUUAGAAAUAACAAACAUCAAGCUGGAAGCAGCACGAGCCAGGGGUGAAAUAGAGAGAGAAAGAAACAAGCUUCAAACUGAAAUGGAUGAGUUACGAUCAGAUAAUGAAAUACUGAAGACAACAUUAGAUCGGCACAAAGUGCUUUUAAUGGAAAAGGAUCGUGAGUUAGUCCGCAAAGUACAAGCUGCGAAGGAAGAAGGCUUCCAGAAGCUUGCAGCAUUUCAGGCGGAAAGACUAGAACUUGAAGCCAAAUUGGCAGAAAUGGAGAAAAACAAAAUGGAGCAAGACGCUGAGAGGCAUUUGGAAAAGAAUCAAUAUGAAGAGAAAAUAUCUACUCUGCAGUUGGCAGAAGAAUCCAGCAGAAGGGAAAUUCAGAACCUUAGGCUAAAGCUUCAACAGCAAGUUAUUAAUUCUGAAGAGCUAGAAAAAGAGAGAAGUGAUAAUGCACAUCUAAAGCAGCACAUCCAAGAUUUGCAGCUUCGUGUGACUUCACUUUCACAGUCAGAGAAUGACUUGCUGGAUUCCAGUCAGAAACUCAAGGAAAUGCUGGAAAGAUUAAAAAACGAAUGUCGAAAUGCAAGAAGUCAAGCAGAGAGGGCACAGUUAGAUGCAGAGAGGAAUUUGGAAGAUAAACGUGUGGAAUGGUUGGCAGAAAAACAUAAACUCACCCAGCACAUCACAGAGGAAGAAGAAACAUAUAAGCGGAUGAAAGAGAAAUUACACCGGGCAGCAGUUGCUCAGAAAAAGAGAAAGACGCUCAAUGACAAUAAGCAAAAGAAAAUGCUGGAGAAAAUAGAGCUAUUGGAAGCCAAGAAAGAAGAAUUGGAAACCGAGAACCAGGUGUUGAAUAGACAGAACGUUCCCUUUGAAGAACAUAUUCGCCUUCAGAAAAGGUUAAAAGAUUUGCAGCGCAGACAUAAUGAAUUUCGCCAGUUAAUUCUGUCUCCUAACAUCCCAUCCCUGAAUCCACUCAGCUUGUUGUCUUCAGCUAUGGUUCCUGGACCUGAGGCAUCCUUCUCGCAUCUGCAAGAAGAACAGCAUCAAAGAGAACUUUCCCUGCUUCGCAAACGCCUGGAAGAACUAGAAACCACACAGAGGAAGCAGUUGGAAGCACUUGGUGCCUCUACUGAACGAGUUAAAUCAGUAGCAAGUAAUGACUCUAAAAAGCAUCUUGAAGAGGAUGAUCUAGCUGAGAACUCUAAAUGGGGUCCUAAAGUAAACUAUUAGUCAUCAGAUGCUCAUUAUCCUUUGCCAAAAGCAUUCACAUCUCAAAGUGCCUUUAACCAAAUGAAAGAUCUAAGCAUAUUUUGAAUUACAGAUUACUUUAAAUCAUAACAAUAAUGCAAGUAAAACAAUAAAUUUUGAAUAAAAUAUCUUCUAAUUUCAUGUAAUAUCUUCUAGUUUCAUAUAAUAAGGAUAAUCAUGUUGUACUAUCUUUUCUAACAAUGUUUGUGAAGCUUUUGUAUGCAAACAUUUCUUGUAAAACAUUCCCUUUUUAUAUAUCUCCAUCUUACAGCAGUAGAUUACUGUGAUGUGGAAGUGGGCAUCAUAUUAAAAUGCUGAAUAACCAAAAUUCAGCUUAUGUGAUUAUAACAGCUUUGUAGACAGACUACAAAAGCAGAUGAAACUUUCUAACUUUACACAACAUACAUGAUUAUUUGCACUUUUACACAACAUUAUGGAAUAUUGAGAGAAAACAACAAACUCUUUUAAUGAUCAUAAAUGAAGUAUGAAUAUUUGCUUUUACCUUUUUACAGAGACAAUUGUAUGUGAUGCAAAGAAAAAGUUUGUUAACAGUGAUCAAAUUUUAUUUAUUAUAUUUUUCUAAAAUGUA